GGAUUCGGAAAGUAAAAGCAGCAGAAAGUGGUUUGUGCUUUGUGGUUCGGCAGUAGAAACGGUGCUGGUUUGCAUUUCGUGAUUACCGGGGCUACUUGUAGCAUUAGAAAAUUUCACCUUCCACGUAAAGUUGUGUUAUUUAGUUGUUCCAGGACUGCAUUUUACGGAAUACCGAACAAGCCGCUAGCAAAAUGCCUGCCCCAGCAAGUUCCACAUCGGUCGGCAGCGGAAGCCGCUCUCCCACGAAGCCAUCGUCGGCCCCGCGAGCGAGUGCCGGAGGUUCCAGCAAUCUGAAACAGAGGAAGACCACAAGCAGCACGACCGCAGCCCGGAAUCGUACCACGGGCACCGGAUCCGGUGGAAUGUGGCGCUUCUAUACUGACGAUUCUCCCGGAAUUAAAGUUGGACCGGUUCCAGUACUCGUUAUGUCUCUACUGUUUAUUGCUUCCGUAUUCAUGCUGCACAUCUGGGGCAAAUACACCCGUUCUUAAAUAUCAACAUCCUUAGAAUAUGAACAUUCUAUUUUGUAAGCACAGAAAUGCAUUCAUACGUGGAACUCAACAUUUACUGUUAGGUACGUCGAUUAUUGCUUAAAAGACGAGGAGAGUUAAAUUAUGCUUCCCAUAUAAAUUUUUCCGUUGUGUGAUAUGGGAGAAAACAUGGUACCUAUAUUCUAUUCGAACCCAUUUCAGGGCUAUUAAUUUAUCACAAGCUUGUCUCUUCUGGCAGUCUAAGCAUUAAACCAUUCGAAAAAUAUAUCCCUAGUUGUAAGUAUGGAGUAUAAUUGUA